AUGGCGGCGGAAAAAUCGAGGAUUGACCGACCAUUUGCUUGUGUUGGGAAAACGAGAAAGUGGAAAGCGGUUUUUCAAGUACGUCGUCAAUCCGGAAAAAACGAACAUUGGUACGUUUGCGUAAUUCAAUUGUUCGUGUUCAUGUAUUAUUUCGUGAUCAAAAUCCAAAAGCUUCCGGACAGUCUAAACCAUCAAUACAGCCACCGUACACCUGUUGAGUGCACCCUAACCACUAGAGAAGGUCGUAGGUAUAUCGUGACAUUGAGAGGAAAUCGUUUUCGCGUGUUUUUUGAUGAAGGAUGGCGAGACUUUGUGCAUGGUGAGGACAUUAUGGUUGACAACUGUUUGUGGUUCAACCGCACGUCCUUUACGGAUUUCAUAGUGACAGUGCACGGGGAGGACCAGGUGGAGCGGGAUCUUCGCUACCGGUAUACACUAGAAAUAAAGAAAAGCCACGUGGAACGUGCGCGUUUGCCGAUUCCUAUUAAUUUUUGGCGAGAUUAUAUUCUUACCGACCCCACGGACACUUUCAGAGCAAUUUUGGAGUUUGAGGGGCGUACGUAUGAAUUACAAAUCGAUGCCGAGGAUUUUGUGGACGCUACGCAAAUGGUUGAAGGCGAUACAUGGCAAUUCACAUUAACCCCGUAUUUUUGUGUGCGUUUCGAGGUUGGUCAAAAAAGAUGUUGGAGAGGGAGAAAGUGGAUAGGUGGCUUAAAACAUGAGGGGAGUUUUCUUUGGGAUGACGACAGUAAUUGGUAUUUUUCUUCAAGGGGAAGUGCUCAAACAUAUUGUAAUACGCAAUCCACUGCAGAAGGGUUUUCAAAUAAAUGGCUUCCACCAGUUGAGGAGUCUUUUUGUUCAAUCCUUCUACAUUACAUCCAGUCAGAAGGGUUGAACUCCGAAUUUGACAUUUUAAUGGCGUUUGAUAGAAUAUACCGAAGUGUUUUCGACAUACACGCGAAGACCGUCUAUCUUCACGAGGAUGAUCGUGAGGAAGCACUUGAGGUUUGGGCAUUAGCAAACCAUUAUUGUAGCAACAAUCCUGAGCCUCUGUGGGAAACCUUGAAGAUAAUUUUCGAGCCACUAGGGAUUGACCCAUAUCCUGGUGAAAUGAGGGCGAGAGAUGAACGUAACCUUCGCAAACUUGACCAAGUUAUUCGCGAGUACUGGGCCGAAGAAAGACGUAUGGCAGCACAACGAAGAAGGAGAGGAAAUUGAGAUUCUUGUCGCAUAUGUACUUCUAAGAAUAAGGACUUUUCUUGCAUUGUCGAACAUUUGUAAUCUUCAUGGGUGUAUGUAC